AAUCCUUGCUGCUGCUAACCUGUACCUCGAACUCUAAGCAUGAGUGAAUUCUGGUUGUGUUUCAACUGCUGUAUCGCAGAACAGCCUCAGCCUAAACGGCGACGACGGAUUGACCGAAGUAUGAUUGGAGAGCCAACCAACUUUGUGCACACGGCUCACGUGGGGUCAGGAGACCUCUUCAGCGGGAUGAACUCUGUUAGCUCCAUUCAGAACCAGAUGCAGUCCAAGGGUGGCUACGGCGGGGGCAUGGCCGCCAACGUGCAGCUGGUGGACACGAAGGCGGGCUAGCGCGGCUUCCUCCCCGUCCUUGGGAAUUUCUAUAUUUUCUGUCAAGUCUUCUAUAAUUUUGGUCUUGUGAUUGCAUUUCUUUUAUCUCGAAUUACAAAAAGCAGUGUGACAGCACCUCGUUCCCCUCCUUGUGAUUGUCCCGGUGAGAUGUUACUGUUUGCUCCGAGAAGAAUCCUCGGCCGACCCCGCGCUCCCCGCGGCCGCCAUGCAUGCCCUCGGACUCCAGACCGCCUUCUCUGGCUUGUAGCCGGAUUUCCUGUUUAAUCAGUAUGGAUCUGACCGUAGCAUGACUUCCUGUGAAUGCUAACACCACUUUGCAGUUUUCCUCCACUUUAAGCAUUUUUCUUUCUCUGCCUUAUGAUUUUGUCAUUAAGAGGGACACGCUGUUUGUUAACUUGUUGCCACAGGUGUCUGUUGGGGAGCCCUAAGACCCACAGGCCUGUCCCCUGUUGGAAGUUGGAGUGGAAGAGGUGUAGACGCUUAGAGCUGCUUUGAGAUCCCUUUGCUGCUGCAGAGUCAAGGAAGGUUAGUGGGGUACACCUGCCUGCAGUGCUGCAGACCAAGGCACCUGAGAGCUUAGGAAAGCACAGCUUGCGGCCUGCUUGGUUGGAACUGCAGUGAGAGAGGCUGGCAUGCUGCUGUCAGCGUCCUGUGUGUGGAGCGGAGGGGAGGCUGCCCAGGGCCGUGUAGCUGCUGCCCGGUGCGUUGGCUCGUGCUGCACGCACACGCUGCCAGGAGCAGCAGACUGACCUGAGCACUCAGUAAAACAGCCUUGGCUCAGCUUCUAAAACAUACCUACCCACCCCAGAUUUUAUGUAAAUGUUUUGUCUUCCUCCUAAGAGUCAGUGGGUAAGCCCCGUGCCCCAAUUGUAGCCUAUCCAAGCUCAUUUGGAGGAUUAACAGCGCACGCAGGGACAGGACCUUAGCUGGGAACUCCGAGUUGGGCAGUGCCGUUCUGCCUCCACCUACCUUCGUCCCAGGUGGCCCGAGGCAAGCAGCUGACCGAACGGUGAAAGCGUUUCUCCCCUGCGGUGCAGCAGGGGCACCCUUGGCGUGUCGAGCCUUCCUCCUUAUGUUCCGAGCAGUCUGUCAAGGAAGGAGGUUUGUUCAGAAGCAAGCAUUUUACAGUUUACUCCCCUCUUGCCCACGUGUGCUGGGCCCUCUGCCAGCCACUCGGCCUUGGCAGCACAUAGCUUUCACUUCAGCUGUGACUGGUUUUGCUGUCUGCCCCAGCUCUGCUGCUCAGCCCCGCUGGAGUGUCUCGUGGUAAAACACGGCCGGUGUGGCACAGCUGCCAACCCUGACAGGCCGCGUGCACUGGUCACGGCUGGUAGAAUCAAGAGGCAGGACUCACGUUUUCAGGGAGGCAGCCUCGCCCCACUCGUUCCAGGAGGUGGCUGUUCCCUGUGGCUUCGCAGCUCAUUUCCAAAUUGAUGCCAAUUAACAUUUUACCUCCUGGAAGUUCAGUUGCCAUUAAUGCUGUGCUAACAAAGCAAGCUGGAUGUAGACCCCUGGCUCAGCAGGGGUUCUGUUGGGGUGCUGCCCCGGGGCGGGGCGUGACGUGGGGCGGUCACUGGGGACAGCGCAGGUAGCGGGCCUGGAAAGAGACUGUGAGCGCGUUAGCUUUCACUUGUGUUAUUAAAUUAUAGCAGUUUCAUUCUAGAGAACAAGUUUGCCUUGAUUUUGUUUAAAAUGACUUCUGCUUAGCGCCCAGAAGAUAAAAUUGACAUAUUUUUAUAAUAUAAGCAUACUUUUUUUGUACAUUGUGUUCAUUCUUAAAGUGAGUUCAGUGUUGGCUUAUAGAUAUUAAAAAGUAUUGAUUUUGACUCAAUAAAUGUUUUCUUCCAA